UCAAAAGUAAGGAUUGACUUGGGGGGUCAACUCACUUUCCCCGUCUCUCUCUCCCGCUCGCGCCACCACGCAUCACCAACAAGACUUCCCCUGUUCUUUCGCUGUAAGAAAGGUAACAAUCUCACACACUGCAAUGCACUCGAAGAUCACUGAAGCGGACAGCGACCUUCGAAGCUCUUCGCUCAUGGCGGUCCCCUCCGCAUAGGCCCCAUUCACUGUGUUCGUUGGAGAUAGAGAUUUCACUAUUCACUUCAAUCUAUGGAGGAGCACGGGGGUUUGGAGAGCUUUGGAGUUACAGACAAUGGUGCCGCCUCAUGCAAUGAUAGGCCAUUGAACCAUGUGAGUAAUGGCAAAGAGAGCGAAAAUCUAGGCGUUAAACUUUUGGCGGAUUUGGAAUCUUAUUUGCAGGACAUCGAUGAUAGACUUACGAUUUCGAGAAUGGUGAGCGAUUCUGUUAUCAAGGGCAUGGCGCGUGCGGUGGAGCAAGAGGCUGAGGAGAAGAUUGGCGAAAAACAGUUGGUGAUAGCUGGACUGAAGGAAACGUUGCGAGCAAAUCAUACCACGGAGGACCGGGAUACGCUUUUGCAUAUUCCAUCAUCACCUUUGAAUGAGGGGAAUACCCAACAAGACUCAUUUUUAGUCAUCCCGAACCUUCAUAAAGACCGUGACGGAAAUUCGGAUUUUCUGAGGAGCCGUAUAAGUGAAGUGAAAGAGCAGCUAGUAGAACUCAAGAAAGAGGUAAACAACGUUAAAGGUGGAAAUCAUUGCGGGAGGAUUAAUUCAGGUGAUGAGUUGGUAGGGUUGGGUGGUAUCUUGCUGGAGGAGGUGUCUGAAAGAUUGAUUGGUGUGGACAGUACGUUUGAUGGUCUCCAGAGUACACUAGAUUCUUUCUUCAGCCAGCUGAAAAAUAUGGUUCACAUAUCCAAGACGUCACUUCGUGAGAUGCAGCAGGAGUGGGAACUAAGAGCAGAAAUUGAGGCCAUUGUGAUAACCGACUACAUCAGGAGCCUCCGCAGUGAGUUUGAGAUGAAGCUUUGGGAUCUUAACAGUUAUUCUCGCGGUUGUGAAAACCUCAGUUCCCUGAAGAAGAUAAAAGAAAUAGCAGCUCCUCUACGUGAGGAACUGGUUGUGCUUUCUAAUCUGUUGUCCGGUAAUGAUAAUGGGCAGCUAAUUUCUCAAGUGUCCUUGGAGGAGGGUAGUGGAAAGCAUGAUGAGCUGAUAAUCACUAUGCCAGCACAACUAAAAGAUAUGUCAAAAGAUGAAUUGAUAGACUAUUUCAAGGCUAAGAUGAUCGAAAUGAAAAGAUACCACGAGUCCAAGGUACUGGAAAUGACUGAAAAGUGUUUUAGUCUGAAGCGAGAAUACCCGAAGGAAAGAGGAUCUUCAUUGACCGUACGAAAGGACAAGGACUUUGAAGGAUUGAAGAAAAAAAUCCCCGAGGUAGUCUCGAAGUUAGAUGACCUUUUGCUGGAAAGUAACAGCGUACCUCAAUCUAAUGGGGAUGCUGGCAGUUUGGGCACUAUGAGGGCGAGAUUGGAAGAUCUUCUGGCUGAAAAUCACCAGCUAAGAGGCAUUCUUUCUGGUAAGAAAAAAGAGGUAAAGUGUCUUCUCUCACAAAUUUCUGAUGACGCAAUGCAAAUAUCUUCUUAUUCUUCCGCUGAGGCGAAAGUUGAAGCUUCCAUUUCUGAAGAGGUAUACAAAUGUAUUAUCAAGGAGAUGAUGGUGAGCAUGCACCAUAUUUCUGGCAAUUUGUAUAAUCAGAAAAAUAUUAGGGAAGAUGUUAAUGGAAUUGCUCACGUAGCUGAAUGUUCGUGCCAAUCUGAAUUUGAGAAUUUGAAUACGGAGUCUGCUAUUUUGCAAGGGUUGGAUGGGAUGAUAUUUGCAGAAAUUUUGAAAGAUGCUAAGGAGAAAUUAUGUCACUUGAAUUUCUCGUAUAUUAAUGAAAUGAAGCUCCGAGUAUCACUUGAAUGGGAAGCAAUGGAAAGAGAAAGUUCACUGGAAUCGAAAAUUUCAGAGAAUGAAAAGCUAAAGCAGGAGACAACACAGUUGGCAGUGUUGGUGGAAGAAAAGGAGAAAUUAGCUCAGGAAACAGCUAGUAAAUUGUCUAUACAGAUGAAACAAUGCGAAAUAAUUUCUCAAGAGCUUGAACAAUUGAGAGCCGAAUCAAGUUUACAGCAAAUCGUAAUUGCAGAGAUUGAUAAAGAGUCAAAACUCGUGAAAGGUAACCUUGCUCAAGGACUUGACCAAAUCAAAACAUAUGAAACGAAGUUGAACGAUCUGAAUGAGAAGUUAAAUUUAGCAGUCAAAGAGUUGAGUAAAGCUAAUGAAGAGAAUCUUGCGGCUAAUCAAGAGAAGGAGAAUGCUUUACUGUUGCUUGGAGUUAAAGAAAGAGAGAACUUGGAACAGCUUGAGUCAACAACUGGAACUAUCCAUGAAUUGCUGAAGAAAGUAGCUGACUUUGAACAGAGUAUAUUAGAAGACAUUCAGAGGAAAAACAUGAGGUUGGGUACUGUGGGGUCCCAACUGAGUUCCCUUAGGCAGAAGGCUGUUGCAAUUAGAAGAAUGGGAUCUAUUCAGCAGCAGAGACUUGAAAGAAGAUGUUCAGACCUCCAAAAAGCUGAAGCUGAGGUCGAUCUCCUGGGAGACAAGGUGGAUACACUUUCAAAUCUCCUGGAGAAAAUUUAUAUCGGUUUGGAUCACUACUCUCCAAUCUUGCAACAUUAUCCUGGAAUUAUGGAGGUCCUGAAGCUUGUGAGAAGAGAGUUGACUGGGGAAUCUUUAAAGUCAACUUGACGUAUUGUCUGAUAAGUCGAUGCUUCGAACAGAAGCUCAUACUGAUAAAACAGUACAGAUCCUGUGUUCUGGUCUCCUUCUUCAGCGUCCGCGUCUUUUGUCAUUGUGGCAGUUGUGCAGCACCUCCAGUCAACAACUCGUCAUGCUGCUGCAGACAUGGAUCUUUUCUGUGGAUAGUAUGCCUUCAUUAGACGAUUAUAGGAAGAUUAUGAUGUCAUAGGACAAAUGGCUUCUGAAGGAACAAGGCAAAAUGUAGAUGUCUUGCACAGACCCGUGUGAUUUAAGGAAGAUGCCAGCUGAUUUUGAUCUACAAAGGUGAUGCAUUUUUUUCGGAUGUCGGGUAGUGUUCUAUCCACGGAGCCAAAUCUUCAGCUCCCCCUUUUUUCUUUCUUUUUUUGUUUUGUUCUACCACUUGCUUAUGCAGAGUUUUCGUCUUUUCUUUUCCUGAUGCGGUGCACGAAAACGUAGAUUAGAUAGCUCCUAUUCUGGUGGUGAAUGACUUAGGCAAAAGUUCAAGUUUGGCACAUAUAUCAAAUUACAUCUGCAGCUACUCCAUAUUGUAAUAAUGAAUUACCAUAUUGCCAAUUCUUUCCAAAA